AUGGUCCCACCACUGCGGUUGGUCUCAGCAGCCAUCUGGCAAACAAUACAGCAGAGACACGUGAUGGAUUAUGGGAUGCUGGAGGAGUUUGUUACCAUGGUCACAGAGAUGGUUCCAGAGCUUCUGAACAACAGUCAGAGGGCCCAACUUAUUCUGGGUCUUCGAGCACGGGUGAGAAGGAGAGACGGAACUAGUGCUCAUUAUGUGGGGAACGAUGGGAUAUGAUAAUAUUUAGUCAUCUUUACUGUCGCAAAUAAGUAUUCCUUACUGGUUUGCUCUGGUUUCAGCUGGUGCUGGAGUUGUGUCGCUCUAAGCCGAUCACAGACCCCCAGACCAUUCAGCCACACCUGGACAGGAUACAGACCCUCACACCUCUCUGGGGAACACAGGUGAGCUCCUUAGGGUAGAGACUCAGCUACUGUCUAAAUCAGUCAGUCAUAGACAUAUUUCUGAUAUGACAAUGAUACAUUAUGGCAAAAACAUAUGCAGACUAAAUGACAAGCUAUCAUCUAGAUGUCCUGAUGAAGGCAACAUGUUUAUAUUCUGUUUUUCAGGCGACUGAUGCAGAGGUAGGAUUAUCUGAAUCCAACUUCCUGGGGCUGGUUCAAACCCUUCUGAAAGACUCAGAUGAGAGGAAACAUUUCUUCCAGGUCAGUGAGUGAGUAUGUGGGUAUGGAAUAGCCGUGGGUCAUUUCCACAAAUUAAAUAAUAGUCUCCUCUGAGAUGUUUUCAUAGCUCAUAUUUCAUUACUCUGUUUUAGGAUGUUUUUCCUGUAGAAUUUGGUCCCAGUUAUGACGCAGCCAUACAGAAACUCAUGUGGCAAUUUCUUUCGAGACUUGAGAAGCUACUUCCCAUAUCAAACUUCCAACAGGUACUUAUAGAAAUAAAAUACAAUCAUAUAGAGGAACCAUGGGCUUGGCACUUAGGCUUUGUGGGAAUUCUACCUAUAUUCCUUCUAACUCUGUAUUCCUAAUUUUUCAGGCUUCCUCGCUGCUUGGCGAUGUUCCAUCUGUUCUGGAGGAAUGUGUUGAGUCUGUGUCUCACCCUCAGCAGCUGAAAACCCUGCUUCAGUACCACAGAGACCUCAGCCCACUGGACAACCAUGGUAGGCAUCUCUCACAGGACCCAUCAUUUUCAUGCUUUAUAUGAUGGAUUUGUUUUGUCACACCCAAAUGGCAAAUUACAUCUAUCGAGCAUUACUGUGUUGAGUUUUGGUUCCCUUAUUCCUUUUUUCACAGACCCUCCAUCUUCCACCGAUGGGGACUGCAUUCUCUCAGCUCUCUGUCUUCCUCCUGUGGAACGGGUGGUGAUUUCAACAGAGGUGGAGAAAGAAGGAACAAGUAUGGAUGUAAAAGAAAGGGAAGGGGUGGAUAGCAGGUCAGGGGAAUGUGAGAAAAACAAAACUUCCUCUGUUAGUGAUGAGGAUGAUGCAGAGUUUGCUGACCAAGUGACAGAGGUGGAUCCGGAGUAUGAAACAGUGAUGGUUAUAGGGGAAGAUGGGAUAGAAAAGCCUUUCAAACUUCUCAAAAAGCCCCCCCAAAAGAAAGAGGAAACCCAUAGUGAAAAAUGCAGAAGAAAGGCCAAACCUGGACAAAAGAUAAGCAUAGGCGUGUCUAAAGAAAUCAUAUCCUCCAUGAUACAAAAGCCCUCCGUGGACCUACAAGGGAUCGUUAUCGCUAACGUAACACAGACCCCCACAUCCAAUCAAAAGGUCGUCGGGAGAGCCAAAAGGUCUCUGGAGCGGAGGACAUGCAAGGUGUGUGGUAAGGUCGUUCAGCGUCCUGCAGUCUUGAGGAAACACAUGGUGACUCACACUGGUGACUGGCCCUAUCAAUGUCCCACCUGUAAGAAGAUUUACAAGACUUUGGGAAGCUUCCAGGAACAUACUGAAAAAUGUGUCUUUCCUAUUGAGGAAAUGCCUGAGGAAAGUGGGCCGUCCAUAUCAGUGAUGCAAUACAAGGGUCUGAUGUUGAAGAAAAUUUUACCGCGUCCGCCAGGACAAAAAGUAGCCCAAAACGAAAAAAACCAAAAACGCAUUGUCUGCAAGACAUGUCCAGUUUGUGGGAAGACUUUAGCCACAAGUUCAAGCAUGAAGCGGCAUCAGAUUAUCCACACCGAGCCCAAAAAGUGCAGAGUGUGCGAACAGGUCUUCCCUAACCCUUCUGAACUGAAGAUCCACAUGGAGUCCCAUCCGAAGAAAGGCAUCCAUCAAUGUAGUAACUGUGAGAGGACUUUCAAGCACGAUUACAGUGUGAAGGCUCAUGAAGAGGCUUGUCUGUUUCUGAGUCGUCAACAAGGGGAGCUUGGAGAGGGCAGUGUUCUUCCAGCUGCGGGGCAGACAGAACAAGGGCCAUCAGGCAGUACACACCAGCAGAGCAUGACAUGUGAAGCAGAAAUCCUACAACUCUCUGCAACUCUGAGCAAACAGAAUUCUGCCUUCACCUACAUGCAUUCUGUGGAGGGGUCAUCCGCAAGAGCCAAAAGGUCCCUGGAGCGUAGGACAUGCAAGGUGUGUGGUAAGGUCGUCCAGCGUCCUGCAGUCUUGAGGAAACACAUGGUUACCCACACUGGUGACUGGCCCUAUCGAUGUCCCACCUGUAAGAAGAUUUACAAGACCUUGAGAAGCUUCCAGAAACAUAUUGAAAGAUGUGUCUUUCCUAUUGAGGAAACUCCUAAGGACAGUGAGUCGUCCUCCACCAAUGCAACCAAAGACCCAUCUUCUUCCCCGGAACCCAGUGCACCAGUAGGAUCAUCCAAACGCUGUGCAAGGUGUCCUAUUUGCCAUAAAUUUAUAUUGGGAUACCUGCGAUAUCACAUUCUCUCUCACUCAGAUGAGCGCCCACAUGCUUGCCCUCGUUGUGGGUCGAAGUACAAGUUCGACUUUGUAUUGAGGAGGCACAUGAGACUGUUCUGCAAGGUGAAGAAGGGUGAACCUGUUGAAUUGGGGGAAAAGAAAGUCCACAAGUGUAACGAGUGUGGGAAGGAAUUCGGGCUAAAAUCCACACUGACGGCACACAAGCGCAUCCACAACCCGCUUCGCUGCGCCUAUUGCCGAAGGAUGUUCCCAGACCAAGAAACGCUUGCAAUACACAAGGUAGAGCACAAACCGGUUCAAUGCACCAUGUGUGAGAAGAGCUUCAAUGUGAUAAGGUACCUCUCCAGACACUACGUGGAUGACCAUCAGUUCAGCGGGCCGUUCCGCUGCACCUACUGCGAGAGAAGCUACGCUGAUUUAGCAGCUCUCAUCAGACACCAGAGGACUCACACUGGCGGGGAGCCCCCAUACAAGUGCUCCCAUUGUCCAAAGAAGUUCCAUUUUGAAACUGCUCUUGUGACACACCAGAGAAAGCACACGGGAGAGAAACCAUGCCUUUGCUGGGAGUGUGGAAAGACUUUCCAAUCCAAGGGGAUUCUGAAAUCACACAUGAAUCGUGUUCACACUCCUCAGGUGAAACGCAUCCCUUGUUCCCAGUGUAACAAAGUUUUCAGGGACAAAGGUCAAAUGAAGAUGCAUGAGAAUGUAUACCACAAAGGGGUGCGUUACCCGUGCUCCUACUGCGGUAAGGGGUUCUACAGCCCUGCCCCAUUGGCAAGACACGUGUUGAUUCACACAGGGGAGAAUCCUUAUUCCUGCACAUAUAAGGAGUGUACAAGGGUUUUCAAAUCGGCAUCUGAACUGAGGAUACACAUGAGAUACCAUACUGGAGAGCGGCCGUUCAAGUGCAAGGACUGUGGGAAGGGUUUCGUUCAAGCCCAUUAUCUCACCAUACACCGGCGAAGUCAUACCGGGGAGAAGCCGUAUCCAUGUCUCACCUGUGACAAAUCCUUCGGCACCUCCCAUCAGUUGAGCAGACACAUGAAGACUCACACGGGAGAGAAGCCCUACCAAUGUAUGGAUUGCGGGAAAGCUUUCAAUCGUAGAGACCGUUUGCGGACUCAUCGAGACAAAUGCCACCCAGCUUAUUAG